AUGAUAGACUUUGAUCCUGAAAAAUUACCAUACUUUGAUCCUAUAAAGGACAGAAGAGUUGCCCUUGUUACCGGAGGUAAUAGCGGCAUUGGGUGGUUCACCGUACUUCAUUUAUAUAUGCACGGUAUUAUAGUGUAUAUUGGUGGUAGAAAUCAUACACGCGUCCGUAAAGCCAUUAAGGAGAUUAAGGAAGAGGCAGUGAAAAGGCGGUACGUAGUUGGCAAUUCAGCGGAAGAUGUCGACCGUUACUUUGGGGAGUUAAAGUAUUUAUCAAUUGAUUUAACCGAUUUGAAUUCAGUCGAGCAAGCAACCAAGAGUUUCCUUCUGAUGGAGCAGACUUUGCAUAUUCUUAUAAACAAUGCGGGUGUAAUGGCGAUUCCAUACGAUUUAACUAAAGAUGGGCUUGAAGUCCAGAUGCAGACUAACUAUGUUGCACAUUUUUUAUUGACAAUGCGUCUACUUCCAUACAUUGAGGCGUGUCAUGGCAGAAUUAUUACAUUAUCGUCAGUUGGACAUCAUUUACAGUUUAAACACUUUGACCUAUCCCAGCAAUUCAACUACCGCCCUGACACUUUAUUCACAUGGAUGCGUUACGCAAUGGCAAAAACCGCCUCAAUUCACUUCACAAAAAUACUAUCAAUUAAGCACCCCGAAGUACUAUGCAUUUCUGUCCACCCCGGACUCGUCAUGAAUACAAAUCUAUUCAGCUACUGGACCAGACUACCGCUGGUAGGAAUUAUCUUCUGGAUCCUCUUUCAGAUAGCGGGCUUCUUUUUUGGUGUAUCCAAUGAAGAAGGCUCAAUGGGCACUUUAAAAGGGGCCAUAUCGCCAGAUCUUACACUGGAAAAAGAUACAGGCAAGUACUUUACAACUGGCGGGGUUGAAUCGAAGCCAAGUUCUGUUGCGAAUAAUCUUGACUACGCUACUUCGACCUGGAUCAGUACAAUACAUAUUCUACGUGACAGAGGAUUCGAAGUUCUAAACAAAAAAAAGACAAAUAGUUAA